UCCACGUUAACACAUGACAUCUGAGUAUCGACCAAGAGUUAUUGUGAACGGAACAAGAAGAACAAGAACGUUCCAUUACUUCUACUGCCGUCAUUGUAGCCGUACCAUUAGGCUCCGAAACUAUGGUCUAUAUGGUCCUUUAUGUCCUUUCUGUUCAAGAGAGAUCAAUCUUCACGAUGAGCUUGACAUUAUGAGGCUAAACCGACCUUAUUGGGAUACCGAUACCGAUUGGAUCACUCUCCAUCUUAUCAACUCACCUAGAAGCCGGUUCAACCAUGAUCUAGUUAAUACCGAUGAUGAUCAAUUCGUUGAUGUCAUGCCUAACGAACGUGUCGGUCCACCACCGGCCUCUUUAGCUGCCAUCGAGGCUGUAAAGAAUGUGACCAUCGGGGAAGAAGAUUUGGUGAAAGAGAAGGUUUGUGCGAUAUGCAAGGAAGAAUUUGAAGUAGUUACUAUUGGGUACAUAAUCUCAUCGGUAUGA